UUGUAUGCUGAAUGGCUGAGGUCUCUAAUUCUUCAGACAUUUUCCCUCCUGACAUAACUUUCACUUGUUUUAUCAUCAUGACAGUAAAUUCAGAGGAUGCUCGGUCAGUAGAUCUGGGACAGUAUUCUGAAAAUGAGGACAGAGGUUUUUAUACAGAAAACUUUCAUUCUGCCUCCUGGGUUUUCAGAGGAGAUGAUGUCUCUCCAGAUAACAGUCCUAGAUGUCUCAGCAAAAGACCUAGACCAGUGGCAAUUCGAGAAAGAACAGUGAAGAUCGCUAAAGGAACUGGCAAUUACCCCUGGGGUUUCAGGAUCCAGUUCUCAAAACCUAUCCUUGUGACUGAAGUUGACACAAAUAGUGCAGCUGAAGAAGCAGGGCUUCAAGUUGGGGAUAUUCUGAUAGCAGUAAAUGGAACUGAUGUCACCAGCAUGCCACAUUCAGAAGCUGCAAAUCUGGCAAGGAAAGGUCCUGAUAUCCUGACUAUGAUAGUGGGAUCAGACAUCAGCCGUUACCCCAACACCCCCAAACCUACCUGCCGAGGAUAUCUGCACAAACGAACACAAUCAGCAAUACUAAAGGGCUGGAGAAAGAGGUGGUUUGUGCUGAAACAUAACGGUUACCUACACUAUUACAAGCACAAGAAGGAUGAAGGGAAAUGCAGACCCCUGGAAGUAACAAAGCUGGAAGGAGCAGAAAUUGGUGUCGACACCAGUCUGGGUAAACCAUUUGUUUUUAAAUGUAUACCUCAAGCUGGAAACAGGAUUUUCUACUUCUGUGCAACUUCCAAUCAAGAAAUGAAGAGGUGGCUGGAGGCUAUGGAUAAAGCAGUGCAUCCCAUCCAUCAGAAUCAUGUGUGGGUAGAUGUCACACUGCAUAACACUACACUCCCACCAUUGGCUAUCAAGAACCCUGAGUGCCUGGGGCUUCUCCACCAGCUGGACAGGAGCAAAGAUGUCUGGAUUCAGCACUACUGCAUUCUAAAGGAUGGUUGCUUGUACUUUUAUGCCACUCUCCGGUCUACACCUGCCCAAGGUGGCCUUUACCUGCAGGGCUAUAUUGUGAGUGAACAGUCCCUGGGCUCCAAGAGAUCUGUCAUUGAACUCAAACCUCCAUCUGAAGAAUUUAAAACUUUUUACUUGUGUGCAGAGAAUGUAAAUGAAAACAAAAGGUGGAUUACAGCUUUGAAAGCUUCAAUUAAUAAAUGGUUACCCCUACACCAGGCAAUCCAAGAUUUCAUGAACAAACCACUAGAGGAGACAAGGAUGUGAGAAGAAAGCUCAGAUAUUCCCAUUUCUGUUUUGCAUUUAAAAUUCCAUACUAUAUCUUUUGAGCUAUCUCAAGAGAUACUCUAGUAGCAGCUAACCUUUAGUAUUGCUAUACAUUCAGAACUUUUGGAAACAUUAAAAAAAUAAAUGCAAAGCA